CAAGAGUUGUUUACAAUUGUCUCUCACUCAAGUCAAGAACUAAAAAUCGUCAAUUCAAAAUGGGUAUGGAUCAUCCUGCAUUUACUUUAGCCGGUCUUACUGCCAUUGGUGGUAUCAUGGGUUACGCUCGUAAAGGUUCAGUUCCUUCCUUGGUUGCUGGUAUUACAUUUUCUGCUCUUUACGGAACUGCUGGUUAUUUAUUAAAGCAAAAUGCUGAUUACGGUUUGGAAUUAGCUUUGGGUACUAGUGCCGUUCUUUUAGUUGCUGGAUUAGCUAGAUCCAUUCCAACUUCUUUCAAGAAGCCCCUUCCUGUUGUGUUGGUAGCUUUAGGUGGUGCUUCUACUGCUUAUUAUGCUAAGAGAUAUAACGAUUUCUAUUCUGUGGUUUAAAAAACUUUAUGUUUGUUUUACGAUCUAACUAAUUGAAUUACGUUUCACCCUGUAUAUAUAUACCAAUUGCUAUAUGUGUGUACUAGUAAACACCGCGUGGGCUGUG